GGCUACAGAAGAAGGUAGCGGGCAGAGGAGCAGAGCUGAUCGAAGAAGACCAACCUGCAGCCAAGGGAAGGUAACCGAGCAUUCUGCGGGGAGUAACAGGAAGAAGGCGAGGGGCAGGGGAGAACGGUACUGAAGUCACAACUGGAGCAGAGAAAGGAAUACUCGGGGAGGACAGUGAGAACAUUUCAAGCACAGAGAAUCCCCUUGCAGAGCUGAGAAGGAGACCUUUUCACUAUGGACCAUCCGAAGAACCAAGAAGGUACACCUUCUGACCCAAACCCGCCACCCUACUCCGAGAAACAGCCCUACAAUCAGCCGUCACCUCCUGCUCAUGGGCCAGCAUACCCCACCAUGCCAACUCAGUACCAGCCUUAUUACCCCCCAUACAGUGCAGUGCCCGGCUAUGCAUCUGUUGUCCAAUCUCCAGUGCACACCACUGUCAUUGUCCCUGUAGAACCCACCCAUGAACCGGAUUACCUGGGAUAUUCCAUCUUCACCAUGCUGUGUUGUUGCGUGCCUCUGGGAAUUGCAGCCCUGGUUUACUCCAUACGGACUCGGGAUGCCAACCGGAUGGGGAACGGCACUGAGGCUCAGCAGAACUCCAGGAUGGCGCGGAACUUUGCCCACUCUGCGCUCUUCGUGGGGAUUGCGUUGAUUACUGUGUACAUUGUUCUGAAGGUGUCCGUCCUUAGGGCUUAGUUAUCUCCGAGGACACACGCAAAAUAUUUGUCCACAAAAUUACCUCCCUCUUUGUAAUGUUUAAUUCAAAGGGGUUUUUUUUAAAUUGUGAACAUUAAAAAAGAAAUCUUCUUCCAGUUCUGAACCGACACUGAUCUAAAUGAAGAGAUCACAGGCAGUUAAGGAGGUGUCAGGAAUGAAGCCCAACUGAUUGGUGGUUAAUCAGAUCAGCCAGGAAGAAGACUAAAAUCAGACAUUAAGUACCCUCUUUCACCCAUUGAAGCUACUGUAACUGUCAAUCAAGUCUGUGAUGAGCAUUUGACAUAUAUCUUGUAGUCAUUGGAAUUGCUUGCAUGCAUGGCAUUUGAAGUUUGUGCAUCAUAGUAUGCAGAGCCAAUGGAAACAUAACCCAGGAAAACUGAAGUCUGUUUAGUAACAUUGAUUGGUUAAUGUAAUCAGGUGACUUCCUUCUAGAUCAGGCUAAACAAUAGCCCACAAGGUAAACAACAGGUUAACCCUAUAAUUACUGAAUCUUAGACCUUGCAAGUCACAUAUUUCCACAUCUGACGUAUACAACAAAGCCAACCCCUUUCUAUCUCUGGGGUCAGGAAACUCAAGGAAAGCUGGGUUAAGCCAGGGUGACUGACAGCACCAAGGAAGCUGGUUUGUGAUAUUCUUAUUUAGUCAGAAUUUUUAUAUUGACUUCUGACUGUUUUAAAGUACAAACAUUCUCAGUAUGCACAGGUGCCACACGAGGCCAUGUCGUGUCCAGUGAAGGCCGCUGAACUCAGGAGAGUCCUGAAGUUUUCUGGGAACAGAACAGAACCAGAGUUUCAACUAUAUAGGCUCAUGACUAUAGAUAUGAAAGUAUCAUAGGCAGUGUUCCCUCUAAGCUGAGCUAGUGUGAGCUAGCUCACAGGUUUUUAGCCUCCAGC